AUGUGGUUAUCUUCAGUACAGUUGGAAGACUGGUACAAUUGGAAGACUGAAUUAGAUAAUAAGUAUUAUCUGCUUUACACUGGCAAAGCUGAGUUGGAUAACAUAACAAUGUGGUUAUCUUCAGUACAGUUGGAAGACUGGUACAAUUGGAAGACUGAAUUAGUUAAUAAGUGUUAUCUACUUUACACUGGCAAAGCUGAGUUGGAUAACAUAACAAUGUGGUUAUCUUCAGUACAGUUGGAAGACUGGUACAAUUGGAAGACUGAAUUAGAUAAUAAGUAUUAUCUGCUUUACACCGGCAAAGCUGAGUUGGAUAACAUAACAAUGUGGUUAUCUUCAGUACAGUUGGAAGACUGGUACAAUUGGAAGACUGAAUUAGAUAAUAAGUGUUAUCUGCUUUACACUGGCAAAGCUGAGUUGGAUAACAUAACAAUGUGGUUAUCUUCAGUACAGAUGGAAGACUGA